AUGUUCAUUCAUCAACUCGAAUAUACCGAAAAGAUUUUAAAGAGAUUUGGUAUGGCAGAUGCAAAGUCUGUAUGUGUGCCUGCUGAUCCGAAUGUCGUAUUGUAUCCGGUUGAAGACGAAGAUGAAUGUGUGAGUGUACCAUAUCGCGAAGCGGUAGGCUCGUUGAUGUUCCUUGCGGUCGUGUCGCGUCCGGAUAUUGCUUACGCCGUUAAUUUAGUAUCGAAAUACUUAAAUAAACACAGUCGCGCACAUUGGAUGGCUGUUAAACGUAUUUUCGCAUAUCUUGUAGGUACAAAAGAUCGGGGAAUAUUGUACAAGAGUACAGGAAACGAGUUAGAGCUCGUUGGCUACUGCGAUGCCGAUUUUGCAGGUGAUAUAGAAAUGCGUCGGUCUACUUCCGGAUAUGUGUUCAUGUUCGCGAACGGUGUGAUUUCGUGGUCUAGUCAAAGACAGAAAACCGUUUCACUAAGUACCACAGAGUCAGAGUAUGUGGCUGCUGCAGCUGCUGUGCGAGAAGGAGUAUGGUUACGAAUGUUGUGCGAAGACAUUGAUUCGAAAUGUGAUAAACCCAAGUAA